AUGAGUGGUUCAAAACUUGCAAGAACUCCUCUUGAGCAAAAUGUUAGGCUCACUACAACAGAGUAUGAUGAGCUGUGCACAAAAGGAAGUAAUGAAAAUGAUGAGCUGCUAAUUGACAAGAGUAUCAAUCAAAGGCUUAUUGGAAGACUUAUUUACCUCAGACAUACCAGACCUGAUAUAACCUUUGUUGUGCAUUACUUGAGUCAGUUUAUGCAACAACCUAAGGAAUCUCAUUUGCAUUUUGCAUUGAGGAUAGUGAGGUAUAUAAAAUGGAGUCCUGGACAGGGGAUUCUGAUGGUCUCAAAUAGCAGCUGUGAACUCAAAGCAUACCGUGAUUCAGACUGGACUGCAUGUCCUAUUUCAAGAAGGUCUGUUUCUGGUUUUUGCAUUAAGCUUGGGAAUUCAUUGAUUUCAUGGAAGUCUAAGAAGCAAAAUGUUAUAGCCAGGUCAUCUGCUGAAGCAGAAUACAGAAGCAUGGCUGCUACAACAGCAUAA